AUGAUGCAAAAUUUCAUAGAAAUGAUCCAGAUGUCGAUCUUGGCUUAUAAUGGCGGUUGUGUCAUUGCAAUGACGGGCAAGGACUGUGUAGCAAUUGCAACUGAUCAUCGUUUCGGCAUUCAGGCACAAACAAUUGCCACAAACUUUGAAAAAGUAUUCCCAGUUGGUAAACAUAUGUAUUUGGGCUUAGCUGGAUUGCAAACCGAUAUACUCACUGUUUUCAAACGUCUUGAAUUUCGCAAAAAUUUGUAUGAAAUUAGAGAAAAUAGAACAAUGCAACCAGAACGUUAUGCCUCAAUGUUGUCAAAAUUCUUAUAUGAGCAUCGUUUUGGACCAUAUUUCAUCGAGCCUGUGAUUGCUGGCCUUGAUCCAAAGGAUUUUAAGCCUUUCAUUUGCAGUAUGGAUUUGAUUGGAUGUCCAAACCAACCGAAAGACUUUGUAGUCGUGGGAACUUGUGAAGAGCAGCUCUAUGGCAUGUGUGAAACAUUAUGGCGUGAAAACUUAGAGCCAGAUGAUCUCUUCGAAACGAUCUCACAAGCUAUGUUAAAUGCAUUUGAUCGUGAUGCAAUCUCUGGAUGGGGUGCAACAGUUUACAUCAUUGAAAAGGACAAGGUGACGGAAUAA